AUGAACGCAGGUCUUGUGCUCCAGAUUCUGCAGCUCCGCCAAGCGCCCACAGGGCUUGGCAUCUCUUGCGGGUGCCCCUCCGCCGACGUUGCCCGGAUUGGCCAGGUUCUCAAUGUUGCGGUGUUCUUAUGGUACUAUGCGCGGUGGUGGUCGCAGUACGGGACGGUCGCUGCCAAGGGAGGCGUGGAUGAGACACAGUCCGCUCAAGCAGUGCAGGAAGCACCUCCGAAAGCAGCAGCCUUUGACAAGGACGCUCUGAAGAAGCUGGCAGAACAGGCCGCGAAGAAUGCGGAGCAGGAGGAGAAGGAUGCCCAGGACAGAGAAGUGCAGGAGAAGAUAGCGGCUGAGGCGGCGGCUGCUCAGGCGGCGGUGGCUCAAGCGCAGGCUCAGCAGGAGGCGCAAGCAGCACAGGCAGCGCAGGCGGCGCAAGCUGCCAAGGCAGCGCAAGCCGCCAAGUCGGCACAGGCGGCGCAGCAGGCCGCUGCUGCGCAAGCUGCCCAGGCUGCCCAGGCACAAGCCCAAGCACAGGCUGCGCAAGCCGCGCAGGCAGCGGCUGCGCAAGCCGCGCAAGCAGCUGCACAGGCAGCGCAGGCCCCUCCUCAGGUCAUCCCCGCACCGGUGCCACCACUCGGUGCAGCUCCGCUGCCCGGGCCAGGUGCCCCACCCCCACCCCCACCACCGCCUGGCCAGAGUCCACCCCCGGCAUUCGAUAUCGAAGCACUGAAGCGGCUUGCCGCCGGACAGGCUGCGCCCGUGGUUCCACCGAUGCCAGUGGCAACUACCCCUCCCGUGCCAGUGGUCGAAGUUCGGCCACCGCCUGCGCAGCCAAAGAAGUCAAUGGGCUUCUCCGGCUUCACCUUGCAGGCAGCCUCACCGGCACCCGCUCAGAGAGACAACGACUCUGUCCAGAAGAUGCUUGCCCGGCUGCAGGGAAAUGUGCAGGGGGCAAAGCAAGCCCUGUCCGCCACGGGUCCUGCACCCAAUUUUGGUGGCCAGCUGCCUUUCGUUCAGGCAACGCCCUUGGCGAAGUUGGGGCCGCAGUCAGGCCUUGCGGACGAUGAUUGGGAGCCUUUGCAGGAGAGUGUCCGAACUGCAAGCAGCCGAAGCGAGGUUGAGGAGGCCGCGAAGGACUUCCUCAAGAAGUUUGCGCAGAUGAGCGCAGAGCAGCUUGCAGAGCUGCUCCACUUGAUGGAAGGGAAGGCCCAGUCCUACCCCCGGGAUUUCUACACCGAGCUGGGCAGCAUGCUUGGGCACAAGCUGAAGUCAGCAACAAGCCCACAGAUCGCCCACAUCAUGAGCGCGUUUUUGUACUGGUCACCAGAGGGCAGGCAGCGCUUCAUCGACUCCAGUAGGGACUUCCUGGCCGUGGCCACUGCCGAAGUGCCCACUCGGCUGAUGGAACUCGCCCCUCACGAGUUGAAUACCUGCUUGGCCGGGCUGGUAUCACUGGGCUGCUCGGACCAUAAGUUCUUCGUGUCCGUGGGGAAGUCCGCACAGGCUCGGCACAAGACCUUCGGCCCCAAGGAGCUCACCUCGCUCCUGACCAUACUCUCGGAGGUCCGCCUGGUGCACGCGGAGCUCUUCGCCUCCGCGGCCUCGGCAGUGGCCCCGCGCGUGCGCGAGCUCCGGCCCGUGGAGGUGAUGCGCUGCACGCGCUCCCUGGCGCGCUGCGGGGUGAAGAGCGAGGCCUUCUGCCAGGCCGUGGGCGACGACGUGGUGGGGCGCUGGUCCAAGAGCAACUCAGGCUUUCGCUGCGAGGACGUGGUGGAGCUGUGCUGGUGCUUCUGUGUCCUCGAGCACUACCACCCAGAGCUCAUGCAGCUCACUGUCCAGGUGCUGCAGGAUACCCCCAAGGUCACGGCGGACGCGCUGUGCCAGUUCUACGAGAUCCACCUCUCGCUGGAGGCAGAGCACAAGGAGCGCUACGCCUCUUUCCGAAUAGAUGACAAGGCGGCCGGCAAGCUUCUGGAGCACUAUAAGGAGAAUCGCCGGGAUUGCCGGCGGUGCUCUGAGAAAGUACGGUCCGACAUCUCAGCGGCCGUGAAAGGUCUUCUAGAGGGCCAUGUCAACUCCAAUCAUCGCACCAGUUUGGGUCUUCUCUCUGACGUGGCUGCUUUGAGGAAGCGAUCCUCCACCGAUGGAUAUGUUCACAUUGACAUCGACGGCGCCUUAUCGCUGAUUCGUCCGAUUGACCAGGAUGAGACAGCUGGACCGCUGGUCGACGGCGCCGUGGCUUUGAGGCCUGGGCUGGCCGCUGCGCUGCUGUCGUCUUACCAGAACCUCUCCGAGGAGCUGGCUGAAUGCAGCUCUGGUGGAGGCGGCCUCGCCUGUCGCUUGGGCUGCGUGGAGGAGGAGCCGGGGCUGGCCGAAAGCUUUGAGCCGUGGUGGGAUCACCAGAUGCCCUGGGAGUCCUUCUUCAGAGUCUGCGAAAUGGUGACGGACGCCAUCGCCCAGUCCUUCAUUGGAGUAGUUCAGGAGGGCCGGGUGCUGUACAGAUGUUGCUCCAACGAGUGUGAGAGCGCCCCGCUGAUAAAAGUGGAUCCUCCUGUGACGGACGUGGAGGUGCUCUUGUCGCUGGUCGCUGAGAUCGCUCACGAGCUUCCAGACAUGGUGUUUCUCUUUAACACAGGGGACCAACCUUUCGUGGACAAGGUCUACUGGAGCCCGAUUCCGCACUUCCACUGGGUGCGGAGCGCUGGAUACUGGACCAUCCCGCUCCCAAACCCCUACCACCUCAAGGCGCACGUGCGGAACCUCCUGGGGGAUUUUCCGGGGCACCUGGAGCACCACAUGCCCUGGGCCAACAAGAUCCCGAAGGUCUUCUGGCGAGGCCAACUCUCCGCGCCGGACCGUUUCCUCCCAGAUGACCUCGAGACGCUGCCGCGCGUGCGCCUCGUAAGGCUGGCCAAGGACCAUCCACAUCUCUUCGAUGUGGGCAUUACAAGCGUCGACCGUGAGAUGCACAGGACCAUCGGCCAAACAGGGGCAAGGCAGUUGCUCAAGCAACUUGGUGGGCAGGUGAAGCACCAGCGGCUGCAGAAGAUCAUGCCGCGCUACCGCUAUCUCAUCAACGUGGCUGCGGUCCUUUCGGCUUGGCGCCUGGCAGAGAUGCUGGCCACGGGGUCCCUGAUCCUGAUGCAGGAAAGUGCUGAUCGCGAAGUGAUUCUGGAAUGGCUCACUCCCUGGGUGCAUUAUGUGCCUAUCAGCCAAGGCCUGUCCGACCUAAUCCCGAAGGUGCAAUGGCUGGAGGACCACCCGCAAGAAGCCGAAGCCAUGGCUCGCCGAGGCUUCGAGCACUUCUCCCAGCGCGUGCGCCGGCACGACACGAUGUGCUACCUGUGGCAGGCCUUCCGGGCCGUCGCCAACUCACAAACCCGGCCAUCUGCCCCAGAUCUGCGGCCGCGCGUCUCGGGCUGGAAGGAGGCCACGCCUCAGCUGCUGAAAGGAGUCGAAAGCUACGUACCCUUGCAAGGCCUGCUAAACUCACAGAGCCCCUCGGAGCUGUAA